CGUGUCGGCUGACAUCUUGGAAAAUAUUACCUGAUAAACGGGCGGGCUUCUCUUUGCCGAAGCUCCCUGUAGUGCAUUACAGUGCUUUGCCUUACUGGAUUUACUGCCCGGGUUGUGCUUUUUAGACGGCGGGCGAGCUUUGUUGCGGCAACGCCUCAACCUCAACCUCGUCGACUUUUUCUACCUCAUCCUCCCCCUUCCUCUCCACAAUCCGUCUGUCCUCCAUUGUCUUUCCCACACAACCCACAUCAUGCUUUCCAGUCGCUUAAUAUCACGAGCUGUUGCUCGCCCGGCUUUCCAGAAGUCUACGCUCCCCAGCGUUGUUGCUUCCUCUUCGCUGUCGCGAUUCAGCCGUGGAUAUGCCUCUUCGGCUGAGGAGAAGGAUCUCGUUGUUAUCGGUGGCGGCGUUGCUGGCUACGUCGCUGCUAUCAAGGCUGGACAAGAGGGCAUGAAGGUUACCUGCAUUGAGAAGCGUGGCUCUCUCGGCGGUACCUGCUUGAAUGUCGGCUGCAUCCCCUCAAAAUCUCUCCUCAACAACUCGCAUCUCUACCACCAGAUUCUUCACGACACCAAGGCCCGCGGUAUCGAGGUCGGCGAGGUCAAGCUUAACCUGGCCAACUUCAUGAAGGCCAAGGAGACUUCCGUUAGCGGUCUUACCAAGGGUAUCGAGUACCUCUUCAAGAAGAACGGCGUCGAGUACAUCAAGGGUGCCGGUUCUUUCGUCAACGAGCAUGAGAUCAAGGUCGACCUCAACGAGGGCGGUGAGACCAGCGUUCGCGGCAAGAACAUCCUUAUUGCUACUGGUUCCGAGGCCACUCCUUUCCCCGGUCUUGAGAUCGACGAGAAGCGCGUUGUCACCAGCACUGGUGCCAUCGCUCUUGAGCAGGUCCCUGAGACCAUGACCGUCAUUGGUGGUGGUAUCAUUGGUCUUGAGAUGGCCUCCGUCUGGUCGCGACUUGGCUCCAAGGUCACUAUUGUCGAGUUCCUCGGCCAGAUUGGUGGCCCCGGUAUGGACACUGAGAUUGCCAAGAACACACAGAAGAUCCUCAAGAAGCAGGGUCUCGAGUUCAAGCUCAACACCAAGGUUGUCAGUGGUGACAAGUCUGGCGAUAAGGUCAAGCUUGAGGUUGACUCUGCCAAGGGUGGCAAGCCCGAAUCUAUCGAGUCCGACGUAGUCCUCGUUGCCAUUGGUCGACGACCUUACACCGGCGGCCUCGGCCUUGAGAACAUUGGCCUUGAGGCUGAUGACCGCGGCCGUGUCAUCAUUGACUCCGAGUACCGAACCAAGAUCCCCCACAUCCGAUGUGUCGGUGAUGUCACCUUCGGCCCUAUGCUUGCCCAUAAGGCUGAGGAGGAGGCUGUUGCCGUUGUCGAGUACAUCAAGAAGGGGUAUGGUCAUGUCAACUAUGGUGCCAUUCCCUCCGUUAUGUACACCCACCCUGAGGUCGCCUGGGUCGGCCAGAGCGAGCAGGACCUGAAGAACCAGAACAUCCCUUACCGAGUCGGAACCUUCCCCUUCGUUGCCAACUCCCGAGCCAAGACCAACCAGGACACUGAGGGUAUGGUCAAGAUGCUCGCUGAUCCCGAGACUGACCGCAUUCUCGGCGUUCACAUCAUCGGCCCCAACGCUGGUGAGAUGAUCGCUGAGGGUACUCUGGCUCUCGAAUAUGGUGCUUCCAGUGAGGACAUUGCCCGAACCUGCCACGCUCACCCCACACUUGCCGAGGCCUUCAAGGAGGCUGCCAUGGCCACUCACGCCAAGGCCAUCCACUUCUAAGCAAUGCUUGAGGAACAUAAUGAAAAAGGUGACACAGGGUCAAGAGGAGGCAUCGCCAGGAUAGUGCAAACGGGAUAGGACCCGGGGCAUUUGGGACUCUGGGUUGUGUAAAUUAGUAAUAAUUCUGUCUGUUCAGCAUGAUGCCUGGAAAUCACACGGCAGGAUGCGUUGCUUGCGUUCCAAGAUUAUUUGCACUGCGUGAAGGAAGAAUACAAAUUCUAUGAUGAAUGACUUAAAGCCCAUCUUUCAACUUGACCGGCCAAGCCAUUGACUCUUUCUCAAAAAUUGUUGUACAAACUUAGUCAGGGCAAGCUUUAGAUCAAAGUAUCCAAAAACUGUGUUAGAGAUAGAUGGGUAAGACCAGCGCUCGACUCAGAUAUUCAGAUAUUAUUCACAUUUUCCCGAACCUAUUAGUUAGCUACUCGAGUGAGUCGAAUACGAAUUCGAGAAUGUAUGUUGAAUACUUUCAACUCACACAGGGCCAUCGAGUGACCUAGACCCGAA